AUGCACCCUCCUCUAGAACUGGGAACUGUGAAUCUCACUGAUGGAGAUUAUACUUACUACCUGAACAUUAAUGAGUUCUGGACUGAAUUCCCGUACCUACAGAGUUAUCAGUGCUCACUCAAACUCACGCCACAUGGCCAGUUUGAGAAUAAGACCACUCAACCACUCUUAAUCAUGGCUAUAAAAUCCCACCCAGACUUCAGCACAAGACGAGCGAUACUGAGACAAACAUGGGCUGCAGAGAGGGAAGUCAGUGGGUACUGGGUGAAACCCAUCUUUCUUACAGCACAAGCUGACAAUCCCAGACAGAUGGAACUCAUGAAGUCAGAGAGUCGCAAGUUUGGAGACAUUCUACAGUGGAACUUCACUGAAAGUCAUCACAACCUGUCCCUAAAGGAACGCUGCUUCCUGGAAUGGCUUCACUAUCACAUCCCUUGGGUGGCAUUUUUAUUUAAAGGUCUGACAUUUUCAAAAUCUUAACUGUUAAGUAUAUAUAAAAUAUAAAAUAGGUAUUAAUCUAUUUUUUAUCUUAGAUAGCUAUCACUGACCCUGGAACAGUAAUCUCUGUGUGUGAGACACUCUCUAUCCCAUCAGAGGGGACGUCACUGACCCUUUAUAGGAAUCCCUGUGUGUGAGACGCUCUCUUAUCCCAUCAGAGGGGGCGUCACUGACCCUAUACCUUUUAGUAAUUCCUGUGUGUGAGACGUUCUCUUAUCCCAUCAGAGGGGGCGUCACUGACCCUAUAACUUAUAGGAAUCUCUGUGUGUGAGACGCUCUCUUAUCCCAUCAGAGGGGGCGUCACUGACCCUUUAACUUAUAGGAAUCUCUGUGUGUGAGAAGCUCUCUUAUCCCAUCAAAGGGGGCAUCACUGACCCUAUAACUUAUAGGAAUCCCUGUGUGUGAGACACUCUCUUAUCCCAUCAGAGGGGGCGUCACUGACUCUAUUACUUAUAGGAACCCCUGUGUUUUAGACGCUCUCUUAUCCCAUCACAGGAUAACUUAUAGGAAUCCCUGUGUGUGAGACGUUCUUAUCCCAUCAGAGGAUAUAAAGCUUCACUGCUCUGUUUGUCUUCAUUACUGUUGUAAAGUAUCAGGUUAAAUUAAUAUCUUGUAAUAUAUUUAUUAUUGGACAAACUGAAUUUUGGAAGACCAGCUUUCGGAAGAUCCACGUGCUCCUGGAGGAGCCUGCUUGCCAGCCUUUUACCUCAGGACUAUGGGCCCUGCAGAAAGAACUGCAAAAUACAUUUUAAAAGACUCCGUUCGUUUGGGUUCCCUGUGUUGUUUGGGAACCGAACAGAUCCACAAACUAAAGACCACCUGUGAAGAAACUACCCCUGUUAUUUGGGUACUUCCGAACACCGACCACCCCCCUGGCUCUUUUGCUUCAAAGACAACUGCCAAUUUAGUGCUCUCCCUGUUUGGCUGCAGUUCGUAUAGUCGAACGCCACAUGUAAGAGAAAAUGGUGGCCAUCUUGUUUGCGGUAGUUGGUCAUAGAGUGUCUGGAACCAAAAUCUUCCCGAGCACCGGUCAAACUUCAUGAACGCCUGCUUCCUUUCUCUGACCAGGCAGGAGAGCACUAUUCAAUAGAUUUGUUCCCACGAACUAGGGGAACAAACGCUACCUAUGAGCCAGGGGAACCGUUCGUGUAUUAUUUCAUUUUUUAUACUUGGCGAAAUAGACCGACGGCACAGCCCAAUCUCAUGGAACUAUUUCAUGUAACUUUUGAAACCCUGAACUGAUCUGGGUGAUUUUUGCAUAUGUUGGUCACCCAGAUCGGGGCUAUCAGGAAAUAUGUUUGGGGUACGUUUUAAGUUUUGCCAAUAUAUAUGUUUUUUAUGUUGUGAGAUAAUUGAGUUCAGUAAAUUGCUUGACUCAAUUAUCUCCCCAGUACAAGGGAAAAUGCCAUUACAGUAUGUAGGAGUGUCCUGGACCUGAGAGCCAAUAGAUUUACGGAAUGUCCCUUUUCAGCUCCAGUAGGCAAUGCCCCUGGAAUAUGUUAACCGAAACCCUGUGUAUUGUUCACUGCAUAAAAGCCAGGCAGUUAGCCUGAAUAAAGCAUUUCUGUUAUACCCUUCAUCUAGUUUUGACUGAUGUGUGGGGACCUGUCUACUUGGCUGGGAGAAUCUACUUGAGAGCUGUGAUUGGUCUGGAGAAGCGUUCGAACCAACACCCAAACUGCGAGCUAUAAUCACUCAGGCUCUAGCAGUUCGGGAGGAAACAGGCGAACGGGUACCUGUCAUACCAGCAUUCGUUACACCAGGGAGGGAACUUGUUAAACAUUAUUGAUACCCUGUAGCGAUACUGCCCGCAGUGUUCUAAGUGUUCAUCUGGGUGGCCACCGUGGUGGUGUCCAUCUUGUUCCCACGAACGCAGGCAGCUGUGUUUGGUAGUCAAGUGCAUGGAACUAAAAUCGGACACUCGAUCUCUCGAACACCGCUGAACUUCCAUCCCACCUGCGUUCGGUACUUUACAUCCUGGAAGAGUGCUGUUCAAUGGAAUCGUUUGUCUGAAUGAGGUGAACAAGCUCCCUGUUAUACUUCUGGAUUAUGUUUGGUAUUUAAUGCCAGCGUUACAGCUUGGUUGGGGUCUCGCUGUCCUCCACCCACCCUGAACCCAAGACCAGGAUCCAGCUUCCAGUGGGUAGACCUCUCACAAUCCAGAGAGUAAAGCAGGAUAGCUCUUACAAGAGGUAGUGUUGUAAUCCAAGGGAGUAUAGUGAAUAUAGCAAUCCCCAGAGUGAAUAUAGCUGUUCCCUCCACACAUGAGAUGAGGCUCUAUGUUGAGGGUGAAGAGGAACUGUUUUAUGGCAACCACAACUGGCCUUAUAUGCAGGUCCCCAUGCAAGGGGUUUACUAUAGCAUAUUCCAGGGGCAUUCCCCACUGGACCUGAGAGGGGGCUGUGACAAAGUACACACUGUAAUUACAUUGGCUCUCAGGUCAAGGACACUCCAACACAAAACAGGACAAUCCCUCCCCUGUCCCUGAGAGAUAAUUGAAUCAGGAAUCAGGAAUUGUACUAAACUCAAUUAUCUCCAGGCACAGAAAACAUAUAUUUUACAAUAACCCGAAAUAACCUAAAAGUACCCCCACAAAUAUAUCCAACAUAUCCAAAAAUCACCCAGAUGAUCGGUUCAGGGGUUUGGGAUUUCCAUGGAAGUCAUAGUUUGUCUGACCGCACAUGAGGCUCCUGCUCAAAAGAGUCCCAUGAAAUUAAGCUGUGCAGUCGGCCUCUUUUAGGAGUAUGAAAUACAAUAAAAGUUUGAAUGCAACCAGUUCAUAUGUACACUUAAACUGUGUCCCUUGUCCGGGAGUGCGUUCCCACUGAAUGCCGCUCUUCUCCAAUGAAUAUAACUGAACUUGAUUGGAGCUGGAAGAGCUGUUCGUGCCAUUAAGUGCCCGAUUAUAGUUCCAUACACUCGACUAAACACCGCUGUAUGCGUUCGCGGCUAAAGAUGGCCACCGCCAUGUGUUUGUUCAAACGAACAACAGCCACCCAGCCACCCAGCCAACCGCUCAGAAUGUUGAGGUAAUUGCGGUUACUAGGGAUGUGCAUGGGCAAAAAAUUCAGUUCGGCAUUCCAAAAUUCGGGACUUCGGCAAUUCGGUACUUCAUAAAUUCAGGAGUUCGCCAUUCGGGACUUAGGGUAAGUGUAGGGUUAGGAGUAGGGUUAGGGGUAGGGUUAGGAAUAGGGUUGGGUUAGAAGUAGGGUUAUGGUUAGGAGUAGGGUUAGGGUAGGGUUAGAAGUAGGAUUAGGGUCAGGAGUAGGGUAAGGGUUGGGUUAAGAGUAGGGUUGGGUUAGGAGUAGGGUUAGGGUUGGGUUUGGAGUAGGGUUAGGGUUGGGAGUAGGGUUAGGAGUAGGGUUGGGUUAGGAGUAGGGUUAGGAAUAGGGUUAGGGUUGGGUUAGGAGUAGGGUUGGGUUAGGAGUAGGGUUAGGGUUAGGGUUGGGCUAGGGGUAGGGUUAGAGUUAAGGUAGGGUUAGGAGUAGGGUUUGGGUUAGGGUUGGGUAAGGAGUAGGGUUAGAGUUAGGGUUAAGGUUGGGUUAGGAGUAGGGUUAAGGUAGGGUUAGGGUUAUACCCCCAGGAUUCAGUCUCAACUAAUGUCUUUGGGGGAAAGCUAUACUUGUUAUAAUCACUUGCUAUACAGCUAUACUCUCUUGGAGGAGAGGUCUUCCCACUGGGAGCUGGAUCCAGGGUGGGAAGGGAUGGCGAGACCCUAGCCAAGCUGCGGCGGCUAUGGGGACUAUAGUGCUUAUGGUGUCCGGUGCGGUGCUUAUGGUACUCGGCGACAGCUAGGAAGCGCGAUUGGCAGAGGCACCCAGCCGGGGUGCCAGGCGAUCCACCACACUAGAUGAAGGGAGAAUCUCUAGAAAGCUUGUUGUUCCAAAAUGAUGUUAGUCCCAAAACCGGUAUUACAAAAUACUAAUUUAAUCUCUUAUUUUACAUUUAUAUGACUGGACUAAUAAGAAAACCAUUUUGACUUGAUUUCUGCUAUUAUUUGUAUUUUCGGUGACUACUAACAGUCAUUUUCUCUUCUCUUUCAGGAGAUGAUGAUGAAUAUGUGAAUCCCUAUGCUGUGGUGAAGUACAUAAAGGAACAUGGCUCCUCCCCUGUCACAUUACACGGCUACCUGCGUCCUCAUUCAGCCGUUAUGCGUCACACCAAAUACCGCAUUUCAAAGGAUCUCUAUCCUUUCUAUUUAUAUCCUAACUUCCUCUCCGGUGGGGGCUUUCUGUUCCCAGGGACCACGGUGAAGAAGCUGUACAAUGCAUCCAAGAAAAUCCCUGUUUUCCCAUUAGACGAUGUGUAUUUUGGGUUCUUGACUUUAGCAGCAAAUCUAACCUUUCGCCACGAAGAACGGUUCCAUGUGUAUGGAUUGGCCUAUAACGUGUGCAAGUACAAGCAGGCUCUGUUGAUUUAUGGGAUUGGGCCAGAACGUAUGACAGAGAUAUACAAUGAGGUGCAGAAAGCACAGUGCAAGGACUGA